GCUGCCGGGGGCGGAGCGCAAGCCAGCUUGCAGGCCACCUGUCCCAUCCAGUGAGCGGGGCUGCUGCGAGGCAGGAGCACGGGGAUGGCUCUUCAGGGGCUUGGCCAGCCGUGCGUUCCUGGCUCCAGGAGGAUGAGCCGCUCCACCCUCCCUUCCGAUCCUCAGAAGCCGCUGGGGGCAGGGGCGGGGGUCCUGCACCUCUGGGGCCGGGCCACAAAUCCUUCCCCCUCCGGAAUCUUUGGUGCCACGGCCCCUCCCUGAGAGCAAAUACACGUGGCUGUCGUGGGGGGGAAGACCGCGCCCCGCGUGGCCCAGGAGCCGGGCACGGGGCCAAGGCUCCCUGCUAUAUAAGCCCCAGGGCCCCCGGGGGAGCGAACGCCGGCCCCAUUCCUUCCUCGCCAACGGCCCACCCUCGUGCCGGCCGCGGGAUGGGCGCCCCAAGUGGGCACCGGGCAAUGCUGUGGGCCCUCGUGGCCCUGCUCUUGGCGCAGAAAGCAGCCCAGCAGCGUGUGACUUUCAUCCCACCCCUCACCGUCUCCCCCGCCAUCAGUCCCCUGAACGCGGCGCACAGCGGCCAGGUGUGCAGCACCUGGGGCGACUUCCACUACAAGACCUUCGACGGCGACGUCUUCCGCUUCCCGGGCCUGUGCAACUACGUCUUCUCAGCGCACUGCGGCGCCGCCUACGAGGACUUCAACAUCCAGCUCCGCCGCGGCCUGGCGGGCUCCAGGCCCGCCAUCACCCACAUCGUCCUCAAGACCCAGGGGCUGGUGCUGGAGCUCUCCAACGGCUCCCUGCAGGUGGACGGGCAGAGGGAGGAGCUGCCCUACAGCCGCGCGGGCCUCCUGGUGGAGCAGAGCAGCGCCUACACCAAGGUCAACGUCCGCCUGGCACUGACAUUUGUGUGGAACGGAGAGGACAGUGCCCUGCUGGAGCUGGACCCCAAGUACGCCAACCAGACGUGCGGCCUGUGCGGGGACUUCAACGGGCUCCCAGCCGUCAACGAGUUCUACAUCCACAAUGCCAGGCUGACCCCUCUCCAGUUCGGGAACCUGCAGAAGCUGGAUGGGCCCAUGGAGCAGUGCCAGGACCCCCCGCCCUCCCCAGCCGACAACUGCACAGAUGGGGAGGGCGUCUGCCGUCGCACCCUGCUGGGCCCAGCCUUCGCUCAGUGCAACAGGCUGGUGGACGCCGAGGUGUACGUGGCAGCCUGCACCCAGGACCUGUGCCGCUGCCCCACCUGCCCGUGCGCCACCUUCGCCGAGUACUCCCGCCAGUGUGCCCAUGCCGGGGGGCAGCCUCAGAACUGGAGGGGCCCUGACCUCUGCCCCCAGACAUGUCCCCAGAACAUGCAGUACCACGAGUGCGGCUCGCCCUGCGCGGACACCUGCUCCAACCCUGAGCGCUCCCAGCUCUGCGAGGACCACUGCGUCGACGGCUGCUUCUGCCCCCCAGGCACGGUGCUGGACGACGUCACUCACAUGGGCUGCCUGCCCCUGCAGCAGUGCUCGUGCACCCACGGCGGCCGCACCUACGCCCCAGGGACCAACUUCAGCACCAGCUGCAGCUCCUGCACCUGCUCCGGGGGACUCUGGCAGUGCCAGGACCUUCCGUGCCUGGGCACCUGCUCCGUCCAGGGGGGGUCGCACAUCUCCACCUUCGACGAGAAGCUCUAUGACGUGCACGGGGACUGCAGCUAUGUCCUGACCAAGAAAUGUGCAGACAGUGCCCUCACCGUGCUGGCCGAGCUGCGGAAAUGUGGCCUGACCGACAAUGAGAACUGCCUCAAAACCGUGACACUGAGCUUGAAUGGAGGGGACACGGCCAUCCGGAUCCAGUCCGGCGGCGGGGUGUUCAUGAACUCCAUCUACACACAGCUGCCCGUGUCCGUGGCCAACGUCACCAUCUUCAGGCCCUCGUCCUUCUUCGUGCUGGUGCAGACAGGCCUCGGGCUGCAGCUGCAGGUGCAGCUCGUGCCCCUCAUGCAGGUGUUCCUCAGGCUGGACCCCUCCUACCGCGGCCAGAUGUGUGGCCUGUGUGGGAAUUUCAACCAGAACCAGGCGGACGACUUCUGGACCAUCAGCGGCCUGGUGGAGGGCACAGCCGCCGCCUUCGCCAACACCUGGAAGACCCAGGCUGCCUGCCCCAAUGCCAAGAACAGCUUCGAGGACCCUUGCUCCCUCAGCGUGGAAAACGAGAACUAUGCCCAGCAUUGGUGCUCCCUGCUGACCGACCCGGCAGGGGCCUUCUCGUCCUGCCACUCCGUUGUCAACCCGGCGCCCUUCCACUCGAACUGCAUGUUCGACACGUGCAACUGUGAGAAGAGCGAGGACUGCAUGUGUGCGGCCCUGUCCUCCUACGUGCGGGCCUGCGCCACCCGGGGCGUGCUGCUCAGCGGCUGGCGGGACGGCGUGUGCACCAAGUACAUGAGCGACUGCCCCAAGACCCAGAGCUAUGCCUACGUGGUGGACAGCUGCCAGCCCACCUGCCGUGCGCUGAGCCAGGCCGAUGUCACCUGCAACGUGGCCUUCGUGCCUGUGGACGGCUGCACCUGCCCCCCGGGCACCUUCCUGGACGACGCCGGCACCUGCGUGACCGCCGAGGCCUGUCCCUGCUACUUCCGUAGCUCCGUGGUGGCCCCAGGGGAGGUCCUGCACGACAACGGCGUGGUGUGCUCAUGUGCAGGAGGGAAGCUGAGCUGCCUGGGAGCCGAGGGGCAGAGCGCAGGCUGUGUGGCCCCCAUGGUAUUCCUGGACUGCAGCAACGCCUCCGCGGGCACGCCCGGGGCCGAGUGUCUCCGGAGCUGCCACACGCUGGACGUGGACUGUUUCAGCACUCACUGCGUGUCUGGCUGCGUCUGCCCUGCGGGGCUGGUGUCGGACGGGAGCGGGGGCUGCGUGGCGGAGGAGGACUGCCCCUGCCUGCACAACGAGGCCGCCUACAAGCCCGGGGAGACCAUCAGGGUCGACUGCAACACCUGCACCUGCAGGGGCCGCCGGUGGGAAUGCAGCCACCAGCCCUGCCUGGGCACCUGUGUGGCCUACGGGGACGGCCACUUCAUCACCUUUGAUGGAGAGCGCUACAGCUUCGAGGGGAGCUGCGAGUACACGCUGGCCCAGGACCACUGUGGGGUCAACGGCUCUGCCAGCGGGACCUUCCGCAUCGUCACUGAGAAUGUCCCCUGCGGGACCACGGGCGUUACCUGCUCCAAGGCCAUCAAGCUCUUCCUGGAGAACUACGAGCUGAUUCUCCACGAGGGCACCUACAAGGUGGUGCAGAGGGGGCCGGGCGGAGACCUGCCCUAUAGGAUCCGCUACAUGGGCAUCUACCUGGCCGUCGAGACCCGCAGCGGCAUGGUCGUGUCCUGGGACCGGAAGACCAGCGUGCACAUCCAGCUGCAUCAGCGUUACAAGGGGAGGGUCUGCGGGCUGUGCGGGAACUUCGACGACAACGCCCUCAACGACUUCACCACGCGGAGCCAGUCCGUGGUGGGCGACGUGCUGGAGUUCGGCAACAGCUGGAAAUUCUCCCCGUCCUGCCCGGACGCCCGGGCCCCCAAGGACCCCUGCACGGCCAACCCGUACCGCAAGUCCUGGGCCCAGAAGCAGUGCAGCAUCAUCAACAGCGCCACCUUCAGCGCCUGCCGUUCUCAGGUUGACUCCACCAGGUACUACGAGGCCUGCGUGAGCGACGCGUGCGCCUGCGACACAGGGGGCGACUGCGAGUGUUUCUGCACGGCCGUGGCCGCCUACGCCCGGGCCUGCCACGAAGUGGGCGUGUGCGUGUCCUGGCGGACCCCGGACAUCUGCCCCCUGUUCUGCGACUACUACAACCCCCACGGGGAGUGUGAGUGGCACUACCAGCCCUGUGGGGCCCCCUGCCUGAGAACUUGCCGGAACCCCAGUGGGCAUUGCCUGAUGGACGUGCCAGGCCUGGAAGGCUGCUACCCCAGGUGCCCACCCAGCAAGCCCCUCUUCAACGAGGACCAGAUGAAGUGCGUGACUCAGUGCGGCUGCUACGAUGGGGACGGAACCUACUAUGAUGUUGGCACGAGGGUCCCCACCACAGAGAACUGCCAGAGAUGCGACUGCACCUCCAAGGGCCUCCAGUGCACAUACAGCCCCGAGGCCUGCGCAUGCGCCUACGAGGGCAGGACUUACGCCUACGGGGAUGUCGUCUACAACACCACGGACGGGCUGGGCGCCUGCUUGAUCGCCGUCUGCAGCGACAACGGGACGAUCGUCCGGGGGGCCGAGGAGUGUCCCGGAACCCUGUCCACAACCCCCUUCACCUUCACCAGCACCAGCACCGCAGCACCGCCUUCCACCACUGGCUCCGUCCCCCACCCCUCCACAGCAUGCCUACGCCAGGUCUGCCUCUGGUCCGACUGGUACGACAGUGGCCGCCCGGAGCCCGGAAUGGGGGGAGGAGACUUUGAGACAUUCGUGAACCUGAGGCAGAGGGGCUUCCAGGUGUGCCUGGCCCCAGUGGACGUCCAGUGCCGGGCCCAGCGGCUCCCCGACGUGCCCCUGCAGGAGCUGGGCCAGAAGGUGGAGUGUGGCCGGGCCCAGGGGCUGACCUGCCUCAACAGUGAGCAGAACCCCCCACUCUGCCACAACUACGAGCUGAGAGUCCUGUGCUGCAACUACGAGCCGUGUGGCACCAGCCAGCCACCAACGUCCACACCUGCCUGGAACACACCAAGCCCAGUACACACCCUCCCAACCACCGUGGCCACAAGUUCUCAGACCCCAUCUGCCCAGCCUGCAACGACUGCAACCCUGGGGACCCUGACCUGUCAACCCCGAUGCGAGUGGACAGAGUGGUUCGAUGAGGACUACCCCAAGUCGAACGUGGCCAGCGGGGACAUCGAAUCCUACGACAAGAUCAGGCGAGCCGGAGGGGUCCUCUGUGCACAGCCUCAGGACAUAGAGUGCCAGGCCGAGAUCCUGCCUCACAAGAAGCUGGAGGAAGUGGGGCAGCGAGUGCACUGCAACGCCAGCUUCGGGCUCAUCUGCAGGAACGAGGAGCAGGAGGGCCUCUUCAAGAUGUGCUUCAACUACAGGAUCCGCGUGCUCUGCUGCGACGACGUGCGGCACUGUCCCAGCACGGCCAGCCCCGGCCUCUCCUCCUCCACGCUGUCUGCCCACAGCCCCGCCACCCUCACCGGCUCCACGACGACGCGGCCGGGGACCUCCACCUCCGCCACGAGCCCCACCAGACCCACCGCCUCUGAGGCCCUGGCCACGAGCACCAAGCCCGCUUCGACCAGUGUCCCCCCGUCGGCCCCUCUGGUGACCUCCCAAACACACACAACCCCUGGGGUGUUAUCCCCCACCGCAGUGACGGGCCCCCCCUCCGCUGGCACCACCCAGAGGGUGUCUACCCCUUCCCCUGUGACAGGCUCCUCCUCCCCAGGGACCACCCAAGGGGUCACCACCCCCACCGCUGUGACAGGUGCCCCCUCCCCAGGGACCACCGAAUCAGUCUCCACGACCACCGGUGUGACAGGUGCCCCGUCCACGGCGACCACCCAGAGGGUCACGACUCCCACCACUGCGACAGGUGCCCCCUCCACCGCGACCAGCCAGAGUGUCACCACCCCCAGCACUGUGACAGGUGCCCCCUCCACGGCGACCCCCAAAGUGUCACGAGUCCCACCACUGCGACAGGUGCCCCCUCCACUGCGAACCCAGAGGGUCACGACUCCCACCACUGCGACCGGUGCCCCCUCCACUGCGACCAGCCAGAGUGUCACCACCCCCACCACUGUGACAGGUGCCCCCUCCCCAUGGACCACCGAGACGGUCUCCACCCACACGCCCGGGCCCACGGCCUGCCAGCCUCGCUGUGCCUGGACGGACUGGCUGGACCAGAGCUACCCGCUGCCGGGCGCCUCCGGGGGGGACUUCGAGACCUAUGCCAAUAUCCAGGCGGCCGGCGGGGCCAUCUGCCAGCGGCCCCAGGACAUCGAGUGCCAGGCUAAAAACUUCCCCAACCGGACGCUGGAGGAGCUGGGUCAGCGAGUGCACUGCGACGCCAGCUUCGGCCUCAUCUGCAGGAACGAGGAGCAGGACGGCCGGUUCGAGAUGUGCUUCAACUACAGAAUCCGCGUGCUGUGCUGCAGCUACGGCCACUGUGGGAAGCCCACCUCCCCGCUCACCGCCUCGACCACCACCUCCGCCCCCAGCCCCGGCACCACCACCUCGACCACUGCCUCUUCGGCCCCCAGCGCGGCCACCACGGCCGGGACACCCGUCGCAACAGCCGCAACACAGUCCGGGAGCACAGCGGCCACCGGCUCCCCGGCCGGCUCCGCCACGCCGGCGCCCGCCCUUUCCACGAGCACGACGGCGCGAGUGACGGCCUCCAGCCCCAGCCCCACGGGCUCGGCCCCGACGUCUGCCACGGUGGGGCUCCCGUCCUCUGCAGCCUCCACAGCGCCUGCCAGCCCAGGCACGGCCACGGCAGUCCUCCCGACUCACGGGACCAGCCAGGGCCCGACGCGCUGUCAGCCCAAGUGCCAGUGGACGGAGUGGUUCGACGUGGACUUCCCCACCUCGGGGGUCGGGGACGGAGACGUGGAAACCUAUGACAACAUCAGGGCGGCCGGUGGCAGCAUAUGCCCCGAGCCCCGGGAGAUCGAGUGCCGGGCAGAGGCACCCCGAGUGAGCAUCGACCAGGUCGGGCAGGUGCUCAGCUGCAGCCUGCAGGACGGCCUCAUCUGCAGGAACGAGGACCAGGAGGGCCUCUUCAAGAUGUGCUUCAACUACAGGAUCCGCGUGCUCUGCUGCGACGACGUGCGGCACUGUCCCAGCACGGCCAGCCCCGGCCCCUCCUCCCCCACGCUGUCUGCCCACAGCCCCGCCACCCUCACCGGCUCCACGACGACGCGGCCGGGGACCUCCACCUCCGCCACGAGCCCCACCAGACCCACCGCCUCUGAGGCCCUGGCCACGAGCACCAAGCCCGCUUCGACCAGUGUCCCCCCGGCGGCCCCUCUGGUGACCUCCCAAACACACACAACCCCUGGGGUGUUAUCCCCCACCGCAGUGACGGGCCCCCCCUCCGCUGGCACCACCCAGAGGGUGUCUACCCCUUCCCCUGUGACAGGCUCCUCCUCCCCAGGGACCACCCACGGGGUCACCACCCCCACCGCUGUGACAGGUGCCCCCUCCCCAGGGACCACCGCGUCGGUCUCCACCCCCACCGGUGUGACAGGUGCCCCCUCCACGGCGACCACCCAGAGGGUCACGACUCCCACCACUGUGACAGGUGCCCCCUCCCCAGGGACCACCGCGUCGGUCUCCACGCCCACCGGUGUGACAGGUGCCCCCUCCACGGCGACCACCCAGAGGGUCACGUCUCCCACCACUGUGACAGGUGCCCCCUCCCCAGGGACCACCGAAUCGGUCUCCACGACCACCGGCGUGACAGGUGCCCCCUCCACGGCGAGCACCCAGAGGAUCACGACUCCCACCACUGUGACAGGUGCCCCCUCCACGGCGACCACCCAGAGUGUCACGACUCCCACCACUGCGACAGGUGUCCCCUCCACCGCGACCAGCCAGAGUGUCACCACCACCAGCACUGUGACAGGUGCCCCCUCCACGGCGACCCCGCAAAGUGUCACGACUCCCACCACUGCGAGAGGUGUCCCCUCCACUGCGAGCACCCAGAGGGUCACGACUCCCACCACUGCGACAGGUGUCCCCUCCACGGCGACCUCCCAGAGUGUCACGAGUCCCACCACUGUGACAGGUGCCCCCUCCACUGCGACCAGGCAGAGUGUCACCACCACCAGCACUGUGACAGGUGCCCCCUCCACGGCGACCCCGCAAAGUGUCACGACUCCCACCACUGCGACAGGUGCCUCCUCCACUGCGACGACCCAGAGGGUCACGACUCCCACUACUGCGAGAGGUGCCCCCUCCACUGCGACCACCCAGAGGGUCACGACUCCCACCACUGCGACAGGUGCCCCCUCCACUGCGACCAGCCAGAGUGUCACCACCCCCACCACUGUGACAGGUGCCCCCUCCCCAUGGACCACCGAGACGGUCUCCACCCACACGCCCGGGCCCACGGCCUGCCAGCCUCGCUGUGCCUGGACGGACUGGCUGGACCAGAGCUACCCGCUGCCGGGCGCCUCCGGGGGGGACUUCGAGACCUAUGCCAAUAUCCAGGCGGCCGGCGGGGCCAUCUGCCAGCGGCCCCAGGACAUCGAGUGCCAGGCUAAAAACUUCCCCAACCGGACGCUGGAGGAGCUGGGUCAGCGAGUGCACUGCGACGCCAGCUUCGGCCUCAUCUGCAGGAACGAGGAGCAGGACGGCCGGUUCGAGAUGUGCUUCAACUACAGAAUCCGCGUGCUGUGCUGCAGCUACGGCCACUGUGGGAAGCCCACCUCCCCGCUCACCGCCUCGACCACCACCUCCGCCCCCAGCCCCGGCACCACCACCUCGACCACUGCCUCUUCGGCCCCCAGCGCGGCCACCACGGCCGGGACACCCGUCGCAACAGCCGCAACACAGUCCGGGAGCACAGCGGCCACCGGCUCCCCGGCCGGCUCCGCCACGCCGGCGCCCGCCCUUUCCACGAGCACGACGGCGCGAGUGACGGCCUCCAGCCCCAGCCCCACGGGCUCGGCCCCGACGUCUGCCACGGUGGGGCUCCCGUCCUCUGCAGCCUCCACAGCGCCUGCCAGCCCAGGCACGGCCACGGCAGUCCUCCCGACUCACGGGACCAGCCAGGGCCCGACGCGCUGUCAGCCCAAGUGCCAGUGGACGGAGUGGUUCGACGUGGACUUCCCCACCUCGGGGGUCGGGGACGGAGACGUGGAAACCUAUGACAACAUCAGGGCGGCCGGUGGCAGCAUAUGCCCCGAGCCCCGGGAGAUCGAGUGCCGGGCAGACGGCUACCCCGACGUGAGCAUCGACCAGGUCGGGCAGGUGCUCAGCUGCAGCCUGCAGGACGGCCUCAUCUGCAGGAACGAGGACCAGGAGGGCCUCUUCAAGAUGUGCUUCAACUACAGGAUCCGCGUGCUCUGCUGCGACGACGUGCGGCACUGUCCCAGCACGGCCAGCCCCGGCCCCUCCUCCCCCACGCUGUCUGCCCACAGCCCCGCCACCCUCACCGGCUCCACGACGACGCGGCCGGGGACCUCCACCUCCGCCACGAGCCCCACCAGACCCACCGCCUCUGAGGCCCUGGCCACGAGCACCAAGCCCGCUUCGACCAGUGUCCCCCCGUCGGCCCCUCUGGUGACCUCCCAAACACACACAACCCCUGGGGUGUUAUCCCCCACCGCAGUGACGGGCCCCCCCUCCGCUGGCACCACCCAGAGGGUGUCUACCCCUUCCCCUGUGACAGGCUCCUCCUCCCCAGGGACCACCCAAGGGGUCACCACCCCCACCGCUGUGACAGGUGCCCCCUCCCCAGGGACCACCGAAUCAGUCUCCACGACCACCGGUGUGACAGGUGCCCCGUCCACGGCGACCACCCAGAGGGUCACGUCUCCCACCACUGUGACAGGUGCCCCCUCCCCAGGGACCACCGAAACAGUCUCCACGACCACCGGUGUGACAGGUGCCCCCUCCACGGCGACCACCCAGAGGGUCACGACUCCCACCACUGCGACAGGUGCCCCCUCCCCAGGGACCACCGAGUCGGUCUCCACGCCCACCGGUGUGACAGGUGCCCCCUCCACGGCGACCACCCAGAGGGUCACGUCUCCCACCACUGUGACAGGUGCCCCCUCCCCAGGGACCACCGAAUCGGUCUCCACGCCCACCGGCGUGACAGGUGCCCCGUCCACGGCGACCACCCAGAGGGUCACGACUCCCACCACUGUGACAGUUGCCCCGUCCACUGCGACCACCCAGAGGGUCACGACUCCCACCACUGCGACAGGUGCCCCCUCCACGGUGACCCCCCAAAGUGUCACGACUCCCACCACUGUGACAGGUGCCCCCUCCACCGCGACCAGACAGAGUGUCACCACCCCCAGCACUGCGACAGGUGCCCCCUCCACUGCGACAACCCAGAGGGUCACGACUCCCAGCACUGCGACAGGUGUCCCCUCCACCGCGACCAGCCAGAUUGUCACCACCCCCAGCACUGUGACAGGUGCCCCCUCCACGGCGACCCCCAAAGUGCCCCUCCACUGCGACCACCCAGAGCGUCACGACUCCCACCACUGCGACAGGUGCCCCUCCACUGCGACCAGCCAGAGUGUCACCACCCCCACCACUGUGACAGGUGCCCCCUCCCCAUGGACCACCGAGACGGUCUCCACCCACACGCCCGGGCCCACGGCCUGCCAGCCUCGCUGUGCCUGGACGGACUGGCUGGACCAGAGCUACCCGCUGCCGGGCGCCUCCGGGGGGGACUUCGAGACCUAUGCCAAUAUCCAGGCGGCCGGCGGGGCCAUCUGCCAGCGGCCCCAGGACAUCGAGUGCCAGGCUAAAAACUUCCCCAACCGGACGCUGGAGGAGCUGGGUCAGCGAGUGCACUGCGACGCCAGCUUCGGCCUCAUCUGCAGGAACGAGGAGCAGGACGGCCGGUUCGAGAUGUGCUUCAACUACAGAAUCCGCGUGCUGUGCUGCAGCUACGGCCACUGUGGGAAGCCCACCUCCCCGCUCACCGCCUCGACCACCACCUCCGCCCCCAGCCCCGGCACCACCACCUCGACCACUGCCUCUUCGGCCCCCAGCGCGGCCACCACGGCCGGGACACCCGUCGCAACAGCCGCAACACAGUCCGGGAGCACAGCGGCCACCGGCUCCCCGGCCGGCUCCGCCACGCCGGCGCCCGCCCUUUCCACGAGCACGACGGCGCGAGUGACGGCCUCCAGCCCCAGCCCCACGGGCUCGGCCCCGACGUCUGCCACGGUGGGGCUCCCGUCCUCUGCAGCCUCCACAGCGCCUGCCAGCCCAGGCACGGCCACGGCAGUCCUCCCGACUCACGGGACCAGCCAGGGCCCGACGCGCUGUCAGCCCAAGUGCCAGUGGACGGAGUGGUUCGACGUGGACUUCCCCACCUCGGGGGUCGGGGACGGAGACGUGGAAACCUAUGACAACAUCAGGGCGGCCGGUGGCAGCAUAUGCCCCGAGCCCCGGGAGAUCGAGUGCCGGGCAGAGAGCUACCCCGAAGUGAGCAUCGACCAGGUCGGGCAGGUGCUCAGCUGCAGCCUGCAGGACGGCCUCAUCUGCAGGAACGAGGACCAGGAGGGCCUCUUCAAGAUGUGCUUCAACUACAGGAUCCGCGUGCUCUGCUGCGACGACGUGCGGCACUGUCCCAGCACGGCCAGCCCCGGCCCCUCCUCCCCCACGCUGUCUGCCCACAGCCCCGCCACCCUCACCGGCUCCACGACGACGUGGCCGGGGACCUCCACCUCCGCCACGAGCCCCACCAGACCCACCGCCUCUGAGGCCCUGGCCACGAGCACCAAGCCCGCUUCGACCAGUGUCCCCCCGUCGGCCCCUCUGGUGACCUCCCAAACACACACAACCCCUGGGGUGUUAUCCCCCACCGCAGUGACGGGCCCCCCUCCGCUGGCACCACCCAGAGGGGACCACCGCGUCGGUCUCCACGCCCACCGGUGUGACAGGUGCCCCCUCCACGGCGACCACCCAGAGGGUCACGACUCCCACCACUAUGACAGGUGCCCCCUCCCCAGGGACCACCGAGUCGGUCUCCACGCCCACCGGUGUGACAGGUGCCCCUCCACGGCGACCACCCAGAGGGUCACGUCUCCCACCACUGUGACAGGUGCCCCCUCCCCAGGGACCACCGAAUCGGUCUCCACGACCACCGGCGUGACAGGUGCCCCGUCCACGGCGACCACCCAGAGGGUCACGACUCCCACCACUGUGACAGUUGCCCCGUCCACUGCGACCACCCAGAGGGUCACGACUCCCACCACUGCGACAGGUGCCCCCUCCACGGUGACCCCCCAAAGUGUCACGACUCCCACCACUGUGACAGGUGCCCCCUCCACCGCGACCAGACAGAGUGUCACCACCCCCAGCACUGCGACAGGUGCCCCCUCCACUGCGACAACCCAGAGGGUCACGACUCCCAGCACUGCGACAGGUGUCCCCUCCACCGCGACCAGCCAGAUUGUCACCACCCCCAGCACUGUGACAGGUGCCCCCUCCACGGCGACCCCCCAAAGUGUCACGACUCCCACCACUGUGACAGGUGCCCCCUCCACGGCGACCACCCAGAGUGUCACGACUCCCAGCACUGUGACAGGUGCCCCCUCCCCAGGGACUACCGAGUCGAUCUCCACGCCCACCACUGUGACAGGUGUCCCCUCAACGGCGAUCCCCCAGAGUGUCACGACUCCCAGCACUGUGACAGGUGUCCCCUCCACGGCGACCACCCAGAGGGUCACGACUCCCACUACUGCGACAGGUGCCCCCUCCACUGAGACCACCCAGAGGGUCACGACUCCCACCACUGUGACAGGUGCCCCCUCCACGGCGACCACCCAGAGGGUCACGACUCCCACCACUGCGACAGGUGCCCCCUCCACUGCGACCAGCCAGAGUGUCACCACCCCCACCACUGUGACAGGUGCCCCCUCCCCAUGGACCACCGAGACGGUCUCCACCCACACGCCCGGGCCCACGGCCUGCCAGCCUCGCUGUGCCUGGACGGACUGGCUGGACCAGAGCUACCCGCUGCCGGGCGCCUCCGGGGGGGACUUCGAGACCUAUGCCAAUAUCCAGGCGGCCGGCGGGGCCAUCUGCCAGCGGCCCCAGGACAUCGAGUGCCAGGCUAAAAACUUCCCCAACCGGACGCUGGAGGAGCUGGGUCAGCGAGUGCACUGCGACGCCAGCUUCGGCCUCAUCUGCAGGAACGAGGAGCAGGACGGCCGGUUCGAGAUGUGCUUCAACUACAGAAUCCGCGUGCUGUGCUGCAGCUACGGCCACUGUGGGAAGCCCACCUCCCCGCUCACCGCCUCGACCACCACCUCCGCCCCCAGCCCCGGCACCACCACCUCGACCACUGCCUCUUCGGCCCCCAGCGCGGCCACCACGGCCGGGACACCCGUCGCAACAGCCGCAACACAGUCCGGGAGCACAGCGGCCACCGGCUCCCCGGCCGGCUCCGCCACGCCGGCGCCCGCCCUUUCCACGAGCACGACGGCGCGAGUGACGGCCUCCAGCCCCAGCCCCACGGGCUCGGCCCCGACGUCUGCCACGGUGGGGCUCCCGUCCUCUGCAGCCUCCACAGCGCCUGCCAGCCCAGGCACGGCCACGGCAGUCCUCCCGACUCACGGGACCAGCCAGGGCCCGACGCGCUGUCAGCCCAAGUGCCAGUGGACGGAGUGGUUCGACGUGGACUUCCCCACCUCGGGGGUCGGGGACGGAGACGUGGAAACCUAUGACAACAUCAGGGCGGCCGGUGGCAGCAUAUGCCCCGAGCCCCGGGAGAUCGAGUGCCGGGCAGAGAGCUACCCCGAAGUGAGCAUCGACCAGGUCGGGCAGGUGCUCAGCUGCAGCCUGCAGGACGGCCUCAUCUGCAGGAACGAGGACCAAACUGGGGACUUCCCAAUGUGCUUCAACUACAAUAUUCGAUUGCUCUGCUGCGACGACGUGCGGCACUGUCCCAGCACGGCCAGCCCCGGCCCCUCCUCCCCCACGCUGUCUGCCCACAGCCCCGCCACCCUCACCGGCUCCACGACGACGCGGCCGGGGACCUCCACCUCCGCCACGAGCCCCACCAGACCCACCGCCUCUGAGGCCCUGGCCACGAGCACCAAGCCCGCUUCGACCAGUGUCCCCCCGUCGGCCCCUCUGGUGACCUCCCAAACACACACAACCCCUGGGGUGUUAUCCCCCACCGCAGUGACGGGCCCCCCCUCCGCUGGCACCACCCAGAGGGUGUCUACCCCUUCCCCUGUGACAGGCUCCUCCUCCCCAGGGACCACCCACGGGGUCACCACCCCCACCACUGUGACAGGUGCCCCCUCCCCAGGGACCACCGCGUCGGUCUCCACCCCCACCGGUGUGACAGGUGCCCCCUCCACGGCGACCACCCAGAGGGGACCACCGCUCGGUGCCCCCUCCACGGCGACCACCCAGAGGGUCACGUCUCCCACCACUGUGACAGGUGCCCCCUCCCCAGGGACCACCGAAUCAGUCUCCACGACCACCGGCGUGACAGGUGCCCCCUCCACGGCGACCACCCAGAGGGUCACGACUCCCACCACUGCGACAGGUGCCCCCUCCACGGCGACCACCCAGAGGGUCACGACUCCCACCACUGUGACAGGUGCCCCCUCCACGGCGACCACCCAGAGGGUCACGACUCCCACCACUGUGACAGGUGCCCCCUCCACUGCGACCACCCAGAGGGUCACGACUCCCACCACUGCGACAGGUGCCCCCUCCACUGCGACCACCCAGAGGGUCACGACUCCCAUCACUGCGAGAGGUGCCCCCUCCACGGCGACCACCCAGAGGGUCACGACUCCCACCACUGUGACAGGUGCCCCCUCCACUGCGACCACCCAGAGGGUCACGACUCCCACCACUGCGACGGGUGCCCCCUCCACGGCGACCACCCAGAGUGUCACGACUCCCACCACUGUGACAGGUGCCCCCUCCACUGCGACCACCCAGAGGGUCACGACUCCCACCACUGCGACAGGUGCCCCCUCCACGGCGACCACCCAGAGGGUCACGACUCCCACCACUGUGAUGGGUGCCCCCUCCACUGCGACCCCCCAGAGUGUCACCACCCCCACCACUGCGACAGGUGCCCCCUCCACGGCGACCACCCAGAGGGUCACGACUCCCACCACUGUGAUGGGUGCCCCCUCCACUGCGACCCCCCAGAGUGUCACCACCCCCACCACUGUGACAGGUCCCUCCUCUCCAGGGUCCACCGAGUCGGUCUCCACCCACACCACUGUGACAGGUCCCCCCUCCCCUGGUACCACACGGAGCGUCACCACCCCCAGCAGUGUGACCCGUCUCCUGUCAACUGGGACCACCCGGACAUUUGCUGUUCUCAUUCCCUCCACCUUCCCAGGGUCCCUGUCCACGACCCUCAAACCAGGCUUGCCCAGUGUAUCGCCCACUAGUUUGCUCUCGACCCCCUCCCUGCGGACCCGUCCUGCCUCCCCAGGCACUGUGCCCUCCUCUUCUCCGGAGACUGCCAGCAGCCUGACCCCCUUCUCGGUGCCCACCGUCUCCCCCGGAUCGCCUGGCCCCACCACGCCCUCCUGCCUCUGCCGCGCCUACGGAGAGUUCUUCCGACCCGGCGACGUCGUGUACAACAAGACCGACGGCGCGGGCUGCCAGUUCUUAGCUGUCUGCAACGAGCACUGUGACAUCGACCGCCUCCAGGGCACCUGCCCCACCUCCGCACCCCCCGAGUCCUCGCCCCCCGCUCCCCUCACCACCCGGACCCCUGGCUGCGAUCGCACGACCCCUCCACGACAGGUGAACGAGUCCUGGAUCCUGGAGGACUGCACAGUGGCCCAGUGUGAGGGCGACAACCACGUUGUCCUGCUGGGGCCAAAGCCGACAGCCAACAUCACCUGCGUGAACGGGCGCCUGCCCGUCAAAGUGCAGAGUGCGGAGCAGCCCUGCGACUACAACUACGAGUGUGAAUGCUCCUGCAGCGGCUGGGGCGACGCCCACUACGAGACCUUCGACGGCACUGCCUAUUCUUUCCGGGACAACUGCACCCACGUCCUCGUGCAGGAGAUCCGGCCUCGCUAUGGCAACCUCAGCAUCCUCAUGCACAACCGCUACUGCCAGGUCGACGCCAGCUGCCCCCGCGCCCUCAGUGUCCGCUACGAGGCCGUGGAGAUCAUUCUCACCACCACCAGAGGGGCCAGCGGGCAGCAGGAAAGCCUGAUCCUGUUCGACCAAACGCGGGUGAGGCAGGGCUUCGGCAAGGACAGCGUGACCGUGACCAUGACGGGGGCCACCGAGAUGGGCAUCAGUAUCCCCUCCAUUGGCGCGAGCAUCACCUUCAACGGACGCGUCUUCCAGGUGCGGCUGUCCUACAGCCGCUUCAGCUACAACACCGAGGGCCAGUGCGGCACCUGCACCAAUGACCGCAGUGAUGACUGCCGCAAGCCCGACGGCACCCUGGCCCCCACCUGCUGGGACAUGGCCAGAGACUGGCUGGUCCCCGAGAGCAGUGAGGAGGGCUGCUGGGCGCCAACCGGCCUGCCCCCCACUGCCAGCCCCAGAUCCCCGGUGCCCAGCCUGCCCUCCACCACCCCGUGCACCCCCGCACCUCUCUGCCAGCUCUUGCUGACCCAGGUCUUCGCCAAAUGCCAUCACCUCAUCCCGCCCAGCCUGUUCUUCAGCACCUGUGUCAGCGACAGCUGCCAGCCCGGCCAGCCCGAGGUGUCCUGCCAGAGCCUGGAGGCCUACGCGGCGCUCUGCCGCGCCCGGGGCGUGUGCCUGGACUGGCGCCAUGCCACCAGUGGGCUGUGUGAGCUCACCUGCCCGCCCACCAAAGUGUAUAAGCCGUGUGGCCCUCUGCAGCCCAAAUCCUGUAACUCCAGGAGCGAGAGCCCAGAGAGCAUGGGGCUGGCAGAGGGCUGCUUCUGUCCCGACGGCCACAUCCUGUUCAACUCCCACACGGACAUCUGCGUGCCCAAGGAGUGCCCCUGCGUGGGACCAGACGGGCUUCCCAAAUACCCUGGAGAUCAGUGGGUCAGCAACUGCCAGGCCUGCGUGUGUGACCCGGGCUCCAUGUCUGUGCGGUGCUCUCCUGUUCAGUGCAAGGCCCAGGACAGGCCCCCGGAAUGCAGCCAGGCCGGCUUCGUGGCUGUGACCAGGCCCCUGGCCAACGAGCCGUGCUGCCUGGAGACUCUGUGUGUCUGCAACACGAGCACGUGCCCCCAGAGCCCACCCACAUGUCGGCCGGGAGAGAAGCUGGUCCAGGCCCUGGGAGCGGGCGGCUGCUGCCCCACAUUCCGCUGCGAACCCUGGCUGUGCACCUACAACGGCACCGUCUACGGGGUCGGAGCCACCUUCCCAGCAGUCAUUCCCUGCCACACGUGCACCUGCCUGUCCACGGACACCCAGGACCCGACCGUGCAGUGUGAGAAGAACAGCUGCAGCACCGCCUGCCCCCAGGGCUUCGAGUAUUCCAGCGUGGAGGGCAAGUGCUGUGGGGACUGCGUGCAGACGGCUUGCAUCUCGCCGGAUGGCCAGCUGGUCCAGCUCAACGAGACGUGGCUCCACAGCCUCGUGGACAACUGCACGGAGUACCGCUGCCAGGUCAAGAAAGGGCUCCCUGUGCUGACGCCCACACCCACCGUCUGUCCAGACGUGCCCAGCUGCAGGGGCAUCCUCCGGAAAAAGGGCUGCUGCUACUCCUGUGAGGAAGUGGACUCCUGCCAGGUCCGCGUGAACACCAUGGUCCUGCGGGACCGCGGCUGCACCACCCAGGCCGCUGUCAACGUCUCCUUCUGCGAGGGCUUCUGUCCGGAACCGGAAGUGCCCAGGUUCUCCUUGGAGGCCCCGGCCGUGCAGUGCCGCUGCACCUGCUGCCAGGAGACCAGGACCCACCAGGAGGUGGUGACCAUGCAGUGUCCCGACGGGACGGCCAUCCAGCACACCUACACCCAGGUGGACGAGUGCAGCUGCGGCCCGGCCUGCGUCCCCUCCCCCCAGGCUCCCGGGGACAGCAGUCCUCCUGCUCUAGGGGCCGCGACUGUCUGACGCUCUGCCCUGCCCCACACGGCCUCCUCAUCUGGCACCAGAACACGCCCCGCCCAACCACGGGCACCUCCGGAGCCCACUCUACGCCUGCCCCAGUGAAACCCAGGCCCGGCGGGUGACCGCGCAGUGAGGGUCUGCUUGGGGGUCCUCAGGCGGGGCCCCGCCCUCAGCCCCUCCUGCCUCUUUUGGCCACCUGUCUGGCCCUCGGAGCCCACCCCUCAUCUGAAACACGCGCACCCACUCUGUCCAGCCUCACACCCUCUGCCCCGGGGAGAUAACUGGACACCCACUGCCAUGUGCUCCCACCGCGGGCCUGUGCGCCCCCACAGCCCCGGGGGGCAUGGAUUCCCACUGGCUACCUCCUGCAGCCACGCAGGCUGAGGCAUGUCCAGGGAAGGCUGGUGGCCUCCAGGGAGCUGCAGCCGGCCGGCUGGCUGCCCAGGUCUGGACCCGGGCUGAGGCUAUGGCGACCGAGGGGUGGGCCAGGGCGGGGUCCCCACGGCACGCCCUCUGUUGCCCCAGCCCCGCUCUUGCAAAUAAAGCUGAGCAUCUCGUGCA